AAAAUAAAUUUUAUAGAGCAGGACACAUUUUCUUAUGCUUGAAGAUUGGGAUAAAAUCAUAAUGAAUUUGUAAAACUGUUAUUAAAACUUGAGAGUUUACACGUUAAACACUGUUUGGCUUCAAACAAUACUUCUCUUGAUAACAUUCUGAAUAAUCCCUAUAGUAACCCCACAGAAUGAGUUGCUGAAUGAUGUUUCAUAGCUACUCGAGCCUGAAAUCGUUUCUCAUUCACGUAGAGAUAUGUGUGGAAUGUAGCUUUUUAAUCCAUGUGGCACCAUCUGACCAGUUCCCUGUGAUCCACAGCUCGACCUCUAUAGAUUAAGUCAGAGAGAGAGUGGAUGAUGUUCCGUGAGACACUCACAUGACUUUUCGACAGACUCUGUGAAUGUCUCAUGACAGAUUUGAGUAAAACAAAGCAGUAGAGGUUAGUUGUGUGAAUGGAGAAGGAACAUUGAGUGGGGAUGUGUGCUUUGACUAUAAAGGCAUUGCCUUCUUGUCUUCCGACCCCCUUGAAGCCAUCUGCCGAGGAAUCACAUGGUACAUCACUUGAUUUACCUAAUGGGUCAUCCCAUUAUGCAAGACCACAAAAGAAUGUUUGUUAAGUCUACAUUUAAAUUUUUUCUAUUUUGUUUUUAUUGUUUGAUAGCUGUUUGCUAUUACAUUACGUAUGAAUUGUUGGUUCUGUCUUGCACUGAUCUUCUAUUGUAACCCAGUAGGAGGAAGAGAAGAACAUCCACAGCUUGUAAUCUGUGUCACGUGAUCAUGACAACUCCACCAUUGGCCUUUGGCAACAAGGCUUACUUAACUGGCUACAAAAACGAGGAAAAAAAGCAAGGCUUACUUCCUUGAUCCCAACCAGACGACCACCUCCAUUUCUUCUCAGCUCAGCUGACAUUGUAAAUACUAGUUUUGAGCUUUAUCGCUCAGCUAUGCAGUAGGAAUUAAGACUUUCAACACUGAAACCAUGACUCUCCUAACCGAGGACCAACCUUGCAGGUUCUCUGCACCGGACAGCCCGCUCACAUCCAUGGAGCGCUACCCGGUGGACUCAGGACCGAAAGAGGACUAUUUGGACUGCAUGGAACCACCUGUGUUUGGAGUGGUGGAGCCUCUAAAGCGCUCAAGAGGAAAGCUUAUCAUGCACAGCAUGGUCAUGUUUGGAAGGGAAUUCUGCUAUGCUGUUGAGGCUGCGUUUGUCACGCCGGUGUUACUGAGCGUUGGACUCCCCAGACACCUGUACAGCCUGGUGUGGUUCAUCAGCCCUGUUUUGGGUUUUAUCCUACAGCCUGUCAUCGGCUCAUCAAGUGACUACUGUAGGUCCCCAUGGGGCCGAAGGCGACCAUACAUACUCUUACUCGGGAUUAUGAUGUUAGUGGGCCUGACUUUAUUUCUAAAUGGAGAUGCGGUCACAUCAGCUAUACUAGAGGACAGAAAUGUUAAAAGGACAUGGGCGAUCGUAGUGGUUAUGUUUGGAGUGGUGAUGUUUGACUUUGCGGCAGACUUCAUUGACGGGCCCAUUAAAGCCUAUUUGUUUGAUGUGUGUUCUCAUCGGGAUAAGGAGAGAGGGCUUCAUUAUCAUGCCUUACUCACAGGUCUAGGUGGAGCCUGUGGAUACCUGAUUGGAGCCAUGGACUGGGGUCACUCUGCUCUUGGUGUCGUACUGGGUUCAGAAUACCAAGUUAUCUAUUUUUUCUCAUCACUGACCUGGGGCAUUUUUCUCACCAUGCACCUUUUCAGCAUCCCAGAGAAACCACUAAUCAAAGAUCACAGUUCGGACUCUUGUCCAGCCGCAUCACUGCUCCUGGAAGACCCACAUCAUAACGGCUACGGCACGGUAUACAAAGAGCCACAACCUCUGCCUGAAAUGAGGCAGCGCUCGUUUUCUGCCUUGAGUGAAGCCAAUGCAGUCACACCCAGUGCCAAGCAGCUUAACAGUGAGGUGCAGAAGAGAAUGACCCUGAAAUCUCUACUGUCAGCUGUGAUUAGCAUGCCCAGCCAUUACCGCUGUCUGUGUGUGAGUCAUCUGUUAGGCUGGACAGCCUUCCUUUGCAACAUGCUCUUCUUCACUGACUUCAUGGGGCAGAUUGUAUAUAAGGGGAACCCCUAUGCUGAACACAAUUCCACCUCCUAUGCGAUGUAUGAGAGAGGGGUUGAAGUGGGAUGCUGGGGCCUGUGCAUCAACGCUGUCUCCUCUGCACUCUAUUCAUAUGUGCAGAGGCUGCUCCUGCCAUAUAUUGGCCUGAAGGGACUGUACUUCCUUGGCUACUUUGUGUUUGGUUUGGGAACUGGUCUGAUCGGCCUGUUUCCAAACAUUGUGGCCACGCUGACGCUGUGCAGUGUAUUUGGAGUCAUGUCCAGCACUCUCUACACCAUCCCAUUUAACCUCAUCUCAGAGUACCACAAGGCUGAAGAGGUGGAAAGGAAAUUGGGCAGUGAUGAACCAGCUCUUGAGGGCCGUGGCACUGGCAUGGACUGCGCAGCUCUUACCUGCAUGGUGCAGCUGGGUCAGGUCAUAGUGGGAGCUGGUCUUGGAGCCCUGGUCAAUCUAGCAGGCAGUGUGAUUGUGGUGGUUCUCUCUGCCUCAACAGUAUCGCUAAUUGGCUGCCUCUUUAUUGCUCUCUUUAUGUGAUGUACAGAUUAAGCCUCAAAUAAACACCCUUUCUCUAUUUCAUAUGGUCCGUCUCCUCUAUUCACAGAGAGAGCAGGAAAAAGACACAUUUUGUGUGUACUGUGCCAGACUGUUCUGCUUGACUGUUCGCUGAUUCCAUCAAGUCUUUCUCUGUGCACUCCAAUUCACAUGCCACAUUCUAAAAUAACAACCUCC